AUGGACGAUUUUGCUGAUUUUGACAAAUUGCUUGGCAAAUGGGCAUAUGAGAGUUCGGACAAUUUUGAUAAUUAUAUGAAACAUGUUGGUGUUGGUCUUAUUACUCGUAAGAUGGCUUGUGCUCAGAAACCGACUUUAAUUAUAACUCGAGAUGAAAAUAAGAUAAAAAUUGUCACUGAAUCAACUUUCAAAACAAUUGUAUUAGAAUUUGAAUUGGGGAAAGAAUUUGAUGAAACAACAGGAGAUGGAAGAAAGAUGAAAAGUAUAUUCUUUAUGGAAAAUGGGAAACUGAUCCAAGAACAGAAAAAAAUCAAUCCUGAAGAUAAAGAUUCAAGAUUUGAACGAUACGUUGAUGAAAAUGGGACUUUCGUUAUCGUAUGUACAUCGAUUUUUUUAAGCACUUAA